GUGGGAGCAAAGGGCAGGGUGCAGGCAGCACCCCUGGAGCAGACCUGCCCCUGAUGCCUUGUGGGUGCUGCUGACGGCUGCUCUGCCCCUCUGCUGUUAGGGCACCCAUGCGUGCCUGCAUCCGCCGCUUGUUCUGGCGGGGGUAUUGUGCUAAGGAGCCUUAGCCAGGGCUGGCGUCAGAUGGCAGACCCAGGGUGCUGCAGGGAGUGGCGUUGGCAGUUGCUGUACGGGUGGCCCUCUCUGCUCCAAGGCCGUCACGCCCCGCAGCGCUGGAACGUCGGACAGGGUGAUGAAUAACCCUCAGUGCUUGGGAGGCAUGUGUGUUGGGGGGAUAAGGCUGGUGUUGUAAGCCAGUUCCCCUCCCCCCGCCCAUCUCCUUGCUGGACCUGAGCUUGUCCUGAAUGAACUGUGUAAGGUGGUUGCAGUGCUAAGUCAGACUGUGCUCUGCCCUAGAGGUGGCUGCAUUUUAGUGAUAGCAGCAGUACAAUCUCUUGCGCGCACACAUGUGCUGCAGGGCAUGUUGGAGCCCCCAGACGUUGCCUGAGAGCAGGAUGGAGCCGUGAGCUGAGCAGCGUCAAGCCCUUGGCCAGGUUGCAAGUGCUGCUGAUGCCAGGGCUGUGGCCUGGCGCUCCGCAAGAGAGGCAUUUAUCUAGUGUAGCUGCUCCCCUUCCUGCACAGGGCUCCAGGGAACGUAGCCAGCGCCUACUCUGAAAGGGCCUUUUGUGACUGGGCUCGCUGCAGCUGAAAAGGCUGAACUGGGCUUUGCACCGCUACGGUGCAUGUUGGGAGCGGGAGUAAGACCACUUCCACUGCUGAGCAAACACUGGGACCGCAGUCCUGUGAAUAGCUGCCCUGCCUCGGGGCUUCUGGGAGCCUCGGCCCAUCCCUUACCCAGGCAGCUGGGAGCAGGAUGUGGGGAGGGAGGGUGAACUCCUUGCUGCUGUGCAGCUGGGGUCUGUCAGGCCCGUCUCAUGCCCUUCCCUUUGCCAUGUAGGUGUUCAAGGUGGAGGUGCUGUACAAUGGCCGGAAACAUGCCAUCGAGAAGCGCUACAGCGAGUUCCACGCCCUUCACAAACGGGCACAUGAUGUUGGGAUUCCAGACCAUCUCCCUGCACUCAGUUGAGGCAGGGAUGUGGGCACAUACCAGUUGCAAGAGGAGGCCUACUCUAACCUUGGCCCAGAGUGACUGGGAACCCUGCAGCUUCCUAUGGCCCCGUGCAGCAGAGUUCACAGGGUCUGGUACCCCUUGAGGCCCACUCCAAGUCCCCAAAGAUAAAGAAGCUGUGCAAGGUCCCCGACUUCCCCCCAAAACGAGUGCCCAACUGGAUGACCAAGGUGUUGGAGCAGCGGCGGCAGGGCCUGGAGGUUUAUAUUCAGGGCGUUGUGUACUACAAUGAGGAGCUUCCCAAGGAGGUGCUGGACUUCCUAAAACUCCGGCAUGGUUACCAGGACCCCAAGGGCAGCAGCCUGGCUUCUCCGUGUGCCUUCCCAGUGGAGGAGAGCAGGUUCCUGCUCACCCACCGGCCAGUCCUGAGCUUCUACAAGGACCCGUACGUGCUGCCCCCAGCCACAAACCUGCUGCCUGACACUGUGCUGAGCGGUGUGCUACAGGGCUUCUAUGCCCCAGAGAAUACUGUCUAUCGGACACUUGCCCAGCAGGGCUCCUGUGCACACACAGAUGGCAACAGCUGAUGCAGCUUCACUAGCACCACUGUGGGGGCAGCACUGCCCAGCUGCUUCUCUCACUAGGAUCCUAGUGCCUAGCUCCCCAGGCACUGAGAGAGGAGAUGGAAGCUGAGCCUAGCUUUGGUAUAAGGGACUGACACGGACAAAGUGGGUACCAAGGCCCCAUUGCAGCAGACACUAUUCUUCAUGCACUGUACUUGUAGCUGCUCAGGGGUUGGGCCUGGCCCUUAGAGCAUGACGGGGAUGAGGGGAGGGCUUUAAUGCCCUGGUUCCAGGCUGAGGUGUACCAGUGGCCUCCUGGGCCAGGACUCCGAGAAGCGGAGCCCAGUGUCACAAGCACCAGAACUGACACUUGCACAGCACGCAGAGGUGGCCCCACCAACACAGUGGCAGGUUUUCCAGCCCAGAGUUUGUUUGUGCCUUAUGUCUGCAUGGCAACAGCCCCCAGGGAAGCCUGAUGGGGCUGAACUGUGGGGGGAGGGCAUGUUCCUAAGCUGUGUUGAGGGGGGCUGCAGACUCAUCUGUGCAAUAAAUAACUCAGGUUGGGCUGGGCUGGCUGUUGUGCUUUGUCCUCAGGCAAGUGGAGACAAAGCCGGGGCCAGCUGUAGAUCAUGGCAGAGACAAGGGAACCAGUAGCAGUGGGACAGGGAAGGGAAGGAGACUAAAGGUAGUUAUAGGAGCAGCUAGGCAGUCCUGGGGGCAAGGUGCAGACUGGGGCCUAGUUCCAUUCCCAGUCCCUGGUGAGUAGGAAGCUGUGCCCAGAGAAAUGGAGAUACCACCUGGGCACUGGGCACCUGCUGGACCUUAGUCCUGUGGGAGAGGGCAGCCCCUGCCAGACGCAUCUUCACCAGCCACCUAAGAGGACUCUGCACAUCAGCGAUGUCUGGGGAAGCUGCAGGCCUCAGGCUUGGCUCCUGGGAGUGGGGGGUACAGCCCCCUGGUCAGUCUCCAAUCACAAGUAACCUCUGUGGAGGAGUUUUAAGGAAGCAGGAGGCCAGGCUGGUGCCAGGCCCCACCUUGGCAUUAGGGCUGGGCUGCUGGGACAGCAGCA